AUGUGUGUGUGUGUGUGUGUGUGGGAGGACAGAGAUUUGACAUGGACAUGAUUCCAGUGCUUCUUUUAAGAGCGCCUGAUUGGAGCAUGGCAGUCACUGUGGAUUGGAUGUGUUUUAUUGGAGCUGUAGAUGAUACAGAGAUAUGCCGUAAAAAUUAGUUAGAUUUCCUAGUUUGUUCGUUUUUUUUAAUGUGGAAAUGUAGACUGCUCUUUUAAAGAUGGAAACAAGCUUCAAACGUCAGAGGGUGGACUACUCCCUGACGACUUUUAUUAACCCCUACAGUGUAUGGAAAGUGCUCCUGGAUGGACCUGGGCGAAAACAGCUGGUCCAUGGUCAAGCGAGAAGUAUCCAGCAGCCCAGGGUCACCGGCUGAACAGACCUACCUGCCCGGUGACAGCAGGAGGGACGGUCCCACCUCGGAUGAGUUGAGGACUCCUCCGAGCGACCUUGACGCACUGGGGCACCGCCGCUCCGACGGCAGAUCACUACACUCCUACGUUCACUUCGGACACCAUAACAACACCCUGACCACUGCCGAGGACAUCCCGCUGUUUACGGAUUUAGACCAGGGUAGCAAACUCGUCCUUUCCAGCGGAGCGCACAAAGCGGGCUUGCUGGUGGACCCGACCGACAUGUACCAAACAUUGGCCAUCGCCGCCGCCCAGAGCCAGACUGGAUAUGAUUCCUCCACUGGUGGUUAUAUGCACUCCAACCCCAACUCCCCCGUGUAUGUCCCCAGCUCCCGGGUGGGUUCCAUGAUACCCAGCCUCUCUUAUCUGCAGGCCAGCAGCUCUGCACAGCCCAGUCACGCCGUCACCAGCCACUCGGUCUGGUCACAGUCCACCCCGGAGAGCCCUUCAUACAGCACCGGUAGCCCGCACACUUCCAGUCGAUACCAUUACCCUCCAAGCCCGCCUAUGAAUAACGGGACGCCUAGGGACACCGGCUACAGUAACACGCUGAACGUGGGCGGCAGAGACCAGUACGGUCUCUCUCGGUCCCUCGGUGGGACUUACGCGAGUCCAUACUCUCCUUAUGUUGCACCGCAGCUGUCCCAGCUGCCCUCGCCUUGGCCCGGGGCACCUUUUGAUAACACCAUGCUGCACACCUUGCCGACCAGACCCUUGAUUCGAGGACCAAACGGAGUUUCAGACAUUCUGGACGACAUGGGGGAGAGCAGGGAGUGCGUCAACUGCGGCUCCAUCUCCACGCCGCUCUGGAGGCGCGACGGCACGGGCCACUUUCUCUGCAACGCCUGCGGCCUUUACAGCAAAAUGAAUGGGCUGAGCCGGCCAUUAAUUAAACCACAGAAACGGACGUCAACGUCCAGAAGAAUCGGCCUGUCCUGCGCUAACUGUCAAACCAGCACGACAACUUUGUGGCGCAGAAACGCGGAGGGCGAGCCAGUGUGUAACGCGUGUGGGCUCUACACGAAAUUACACGGGGUACCUCGGCCUCUCGCCAUGAAGAAAGAGGGAAUCCAGACAAGAAAAAGAAAACCCAAAACUUUGAAUAAAACAAAAGGAUCGUCUGGAAAUAACAACUCUGUCUCUAUGACUCCCACAUCCACAUCUUCAUCUAAUUCUGAAGACUGCUCGAAAACCAGCUCUCCCUCUGGACAGGUGUCAGGGGUCAGUUCGUCUGUGCUGUCCAGCUCAGGGGAGGGAACAGGCUCCGGCUCAGUGGUGAAGUACCCGGGACAGGACAGCCUGUACACGAGCGUGGGUCUGUCCCAGCCAUCAGAUGUAGCUUCAGUGAGGGGUGAACCCUGGUGCCCUAUGGCCUUAGCUUGAACAUCUACAUCUUUGGGAGGACAGCAAUCCCUGGCCCCUUCUGUCUGGAUGCUAUGUGGUGUGGAAGUAUUCGGGGGACAAUGUUUCUUUCCUUCCUCGCAGCUGAUGCAAGAAGAGACAGACUGGGUGGAGAAAAAACAAAGCAUGAGACGUCCUUCAGUCACAGUGCAAGUUUGAACCGAGCGAGGAAUAGCUGGGAUUGGUUUCCAGGUUGGUGUGGGGAUCUAGUUGCCUUAAGAAAACAAAGGGAAUCAUCAGGCCAGAUGAUCAAUCAGGUGGCCUACCUUGGAUGGUUUCCGGACCUGCUGUGCACUCUGAUAUCUCUCCCAUCCCAUGGCACAGAACCAGAUCUUAAAAUAAAGCCAUCGUGUACAUAACGGAUUUCCUCUCUGACGAAAAAGCUGUUGAUUGGAUACCACUGCUUCGUUAAGCGCUGUAUUCUUUAAGGACAUUUAGAUUUUUUUUUUUCCUUUCCACAACUGGAAUCACAAGUGCCGAGACAACUUUUAUGAAUCAAAAGAAAAAAAAAUAUUUAUAAAUCUUCCAUUGUUGAAAACAUGGCUAUGAUUGUUAAUAAAGAUAUCAAUAUAGAGUAGAAGUUAAACCAUUCUGAUGUCUUCUUUUCUAAUUUUUUUUUUUUUGUUCUUUAUAAGUGGUUGUUUUUGUAGUACAGUAGUGUUGAAUCUGCACACGUUUUCCACUGAAAGCUCUUACUGUAUUUGACUGAAACUAGCUUGGUUUAAACAGGGUAUAAACGAAUAUGUCAUCUAGAGUUUUGUUUAAUUAUUUACUGAAAAAAAAAAAGACAAGCAAAUAAUCGACUGCUUCAGACUAAUGUUUGAUAUUGAUUUAUUACUGUUGGGUAGCAUUAAGGUACUAUUCUUAAAGCACAGCUACAAAAACUCUUUUAUAUGUAAAGCAGUUGGAUGGCUUGUUUGAACAAAACACACCCAGGACCCACUGACCUUUAUGUUACAAGACAUAAAAUACAGAAGAAGACUGUUGGCUGCACUACCUGACUCAUUAUAAACUGUGUACCUUUCACAAUGCAA